CUAUUUUGCUGGAUUAUCUUUCUUUUUCUCCCUCUAAUUUGGAUCAUCCCCUUUCUUUCUCUUUCUUUUCUCUUUUAUUGUCUUUUUUCUAGAAGGUCUCUUUUCCCCCCUUCCUUUCUUUUCUUUUUCAAAGUGACAUAGUGAUUGUUAUUACUUUCUUCUAGUAGUCCUUCAUCCCCAUCCUUUCUUUUAUUACUCACUCAAUCCAUUUUUUUUUUUUUUACACUCGUUUGAAUCAUCUUUUUGUUUUUUUUUGUUGUUUUAUCAACCAUGCAUUCAUCUCCUGUCACGGCUACUACCUCUGCUUUGCUGGCUAUUGCUGCCACCAUUCCUGUCACUCAAGCUCGUUAUCUUUGGCAUCCUAACGAGUUACCUUUACACCAAGACUAUUAUAAACCAGCACAAGAGGAGCAUCAUAUUGUAAACUUUGCAGCUGAACCCAGCUUUCAAAAUGCAGAAACUACCAGCAACAAAGAAACGAGCAGUGCAAAGAAGGAUCCAUCACCAUCAUCAUCUCAUUCAGCGGCAAAAUCAGCAGAUUCCAAUACACCAAAAUCAUCAGCACAAGCAAAACCAACAACUACACCAACAAAUCAAGCUAGUGCAAUACCUCAUUCGUCUGGACAUUCAUCAGCCGCAUCAUCUGAUUCUUCUCCAACAGCUUUAAUGCCUAGUGGUACAUCUUUAUCAUUAUCUGGAUUACCAAGUACCAGUGGAUCAUCUACCCCAUCAUCGACAUCAUCCUCAUCAUCUAGUGAUGGUACAUCAAGUGGAGCUAUUGCUGGUAUUGUGAUUGCUGUUCUUGCUGUCGUAGGUGCUAUUGCUGCCUUUGUUAUGGUUCGAAGAAAGAAGAAUAAUCGUCGAAAUAUGAAACCUGAUCCAUUCACUAUGGGCUUUGGAAGUCAUGAUCCUCCUCGACAUGAUCCUUAUAACAAUAAUAAUAAUUCAUAUCAAUACAAUAAUGGUGGAAAUAAUAUGACUCAACCUUAUCAACAACCUCAACCUGCUCAUAUGCCACCAGUCAGUCCAACUUAUAGUACUCCACCUCCACCUUUAUCACCCAUGUCUGAUGUACCUCCUUAUCAACAACAACAAUAUUAUGCUACGGUUCCUGCAGAAAAGUCUCAAGUUACUACCGCUGUUGGUGCUACAAAUGAUCAACAACAACAACAACUCCAGCAGGCUGGACAACAACAACAAGAACAACAAGUACCUCAAGGUUCAUUAGGUGUAUUCAAUGUGGUGUCUACUUACUCUCCUACUCUUAGUGAUGAAAUCGAUAUUCAACUUGGUGAUCGUAUUGAAAUUCUUGUAGAAUAUGAUGAUGGAUGGUGUCAAGGUAUUAAUCUGACGCGAGGUAAUAUUAAAGGUGUCUUCCCUCGUCAUUGCGUGGAACAAUAUCCUGGUGCUGCUCAAGAACAACAACAAGCCAAGAAUGAUGGUCCUCCUCAAUUGGAAUUAGGUAGUUUGAAGCGUGUCAGUUCCAUGUACAUGUCCUAUACUUAAAAUAGAUUCAUCACCAUUUCCCUCCUCAUUUUUUUCGUUUUCUCCCUCAUUCCCUCCUUCUUAGUUUCUCCUCGUCAACUUUUUCCCCCCCCCCUUCUCUUUUUAAUCCAUUCAAUUUUUUUUUUAUACAUCAUCCUCAUAUCAUGUCCCGUUCCUACCAUUUCUUUAUUGUCCCAUAUUAUCUAUUAUUUAUCUUUUUCCUAUUCACCAAGUUAUAUAUAACUAUAUAAUAAAACAACAGCAAUACAUUUGAUACAAAAAAAAAAAAUUAAUAAUAUUUAUGUGUAUUUAUGAUAGAGGAUGAGAUAUAUUUCCUUUCGUGCAACCCCCUAUUCAUACAAGAAAGAAUCAUCAUCUAUAAUCUUUUCAUGAUAUCAUAGUAGAUCACUGGGUGUAUUUAAAAAAAAAAAAAUUGAAAUCCUCCAUGUUUUUACGACAUUUGUGCCAUUUUUUUUUUUU